AUCAAGCAGGGGAAGAGUCGAUCUGUCAGCCGGAGAAGCCAGGGUUCCGAUCUGAGCACCGGGGACGACAUGUCCAGGCAGAAGGACAUGCUGUCAUGACUCCCUGUUACACACAGAAGGCUGAAUGUAAACCAGCCUGCCUCCUCCACUCAGGCCACCGGUCUCCACCCUCCUGCCGUGUCACGGGUCUCGAUUUGGACUAAUUUAAUAAGAAACACCAAGUACUCUGUACAGUAGACACCUCUGGUCUCAGUCGGCAACCAAGCCGGGCAGUUUGUACAAUUAGCAGAGCCACAAGUCGCAGGGAUUUAAAAAGGAUGACAAUAAGGACAAGACGAGAGGAUGGUGUUCACUGCAAAACAAAUGGAGUACAUCUGGUUUAUAGAAGUCUACCACUGAGUUUCUAUAGAAAUAGAGAGAAGACUCCGCGAGGAGAUCUGAGUCAAAAUGUCUGAGCGCUAUGACUGCACAGAUUGCAAGGACUCUUUGUAUGGACAGAAGUACAUCCUGAGAGAGGAAUAUCCUUACUGCAUCAAGUGCUAUGAGGCACUUUUCUCCAGCAACUGUGAAAUGUGCAAGAAGAUCAUUAGCUGCACCAGCAAGGAUCUGUCCUUCAAGGACCGUCACUGGCACAGCGAAUGCUUCCUCUGCAACAACUGCAGUCGCUCUCUGGUCGACAAACCGUUUGCCACCAAAAACAACCUGCUGAUGUGCGUCGACUGCUACUCCAUUGAGUAUUCCUCCAAGUGCCAUGCCUGCCUGAAGACCAUCAUGCCAGGCACCAAGAAGAUGGAGCAUAAGGGGAACAGUUGGCAUGAGAAUUGUUUCAUCUGCAAAUUCUGCCAGCAGACUAUUGGCACCAAGAGCUUUGUCAAGAAGGACGGGAACAACUACUGUCUGGCCUGCUAUGAGAAACUGUUUGCCCUGCAGUGUGUCCACUGCAAGAAGCCCAUUACGACUGGAGGAGUGAGCUACCAUGACCAGCCGUGGCAUAAGGAAUGCUUUGUUUGUGCUGGAUGCAAAUUGCAGCUGGCUGGGCAGAGAUUCACCUCUCGAGACGACUCCACCUACUGCCUCGAGUGUUUCUGCAACAUGUUUGCAAAGAAAUGUGCCUACUGCACCAACCCAAUCAGUGGUCUCGGGGGAAGCAAGUACAUCUCAUUUGAGGAUCGACAGUGGCACAACGACUGCUUCAACUGCCAAAAAUGCAGCGCGUCGAUGGUUGGUCGAGGCUUCCUGACGUUCAAAAAUGACAUCCUCUGUCCUGACUGUGGGAAAGACCUCUGAGGGGUCUCCAGCACCAAGGAGUCAAACCAGUUUGACGGCCAAUCGGGUCAACUCGGCAGCAUAUUCAAACUAUGACGAUUAUUUUCCAGUUUAAUGAAUAUUAACCAGCAUAAUAUCAUUCUUUGGUUUUAAAUGAGAAACUGGAACCAGUUUUAACAAAAGUUUGUCUUAAAGAUCAAAUAAAAAACUAUAUUAACAUCAGUUUGAAGUGAAAACCUUUGUUGCCUAAUUUCUUCUAUGUAUAACAGCAUUUAAGCAUUUUUAUGAAAUAGCAAUGUCGUACAGGUUUUCCUACUAAUUCUUCUCUUUCUAAUAAUUUUGGAUGUUUCAUCUGUAGAUAUUCCUGGAUGUCAGUAGAAUUAAAAGUCUAUUAUUUUCAAUUAUUUGUCAGUCAAACAAAGUUUUGUUUCGUGUUUAGGUUAAUGUACAUUCUUAAUGUUCUUUUUAUUUUUUCAAGCAGUGAAUGUUUUAAUCAUUAUGACAUCUAUUUUAAAUGCUAACGGUUUUUUCCAAUACGUUUUGUUUUAAUUUCCUGUAGCCUUGUAGUGUUAUCUAAAUAAACUAAAU